GGAGUUGGAGUAACUUAUUUCGUGUUAUAAUUGACUCAUUAAUGAUUAUAUUAUAACAAUCUCUAAAUAAAUACGCUGAGUUCAUAAAUAACUUGGUUUUCAUUUAUGUAUUUUUGGUACUUAUUAAUCUAAAGUAAUUCGAAGAAAAGCCGACAAGUAAUGCGGUCCGAGUGUCUUAAAUUCUAUCUUCAUCUUCAGAGACACUAAAGAGUUCCUGAAGCAUGGCGUUGUUUAGUAGUAGAUUAAAUUACUUGCUUCUUCUUUUGGCUUUAAUUAGUCAAGUAAUUGAUUUUAGAUGCUAUGGAGAAGAAGCUGAUGAAGCAGACGAAGCUACCGACGACGAUAACGAGCCAAUUGAAGAAGAUGAUGUGUUGGUCUUAAAUAACAACAACUUUGAUGAUGUCAUUUACUCCCGAGAUACGGUACUUGUGGAAUUUUAUGCACCAUGGUGUGGCCACUGUAAAAGACUGGCACCAGCAUACGCUGAUGCUGCCAAACAGCUGAAAAAAACAGUGCCUAAAGUAUCAUUGGCCAAAAUUGAUGCCACUAUAGAAACUGAACUAAGUUCCAGAUUUGAUGUGAAUGGAUAUCCUACUUUAUUGUUCUUCAAAAAUGGAAAGUCUUUUCCCUAUGAAGGACCAAGAGAAGCUGAUGGUAUCGUUACAUAUAUGUUGGAACGAGCUGCACCAAGCUGGAAACCUCCACCAGAGGCUGUUAUUACAUUGACUGACAACAAUUUUACAGAUUUUAUAGAAAAGCAUGAACUUUCUCUUGUGGAAUUUUAUGCCCCAUGGUGUGGCCACUGUAAGCGUCUGGCUCCCGAAUAUGAAAAAGCUGCUCAGAAACUUGCUGUUAAUGAUCCCCCAAUACCUCUGGCAAAAAUCGAUGCUACUAUUGCAACAACCUCAGCAAUGAAGUAUGAAGUCUCUGGUUACCCAACUCUGAAGAUUUUUCGUGCAGGCAAACAAUUUGAAUACAAAGGACCAAGAGAAGACUAUGGUAUUGUUAACUACAUGAUUUCCCAACAAGGUGGUGCUUCUAAACUUCAGGCUUCUGCCAAGGAACUCCAGAAAUAUAUGAAAGAAGAUGAUAUUACCAUUGUUGGCUUUUUUAACAGUUUAGAUGCACCUUUGAUGUCUUCUUAUUUAGAUGCAGCAAAUGAAGUCCGAGACGACUAUAAGUUUGCUCAUGUCCUCGAUAAAGAUGUCACCAAAUCUUAUGAUCUGGUUGCAAACUCUAUAGUUGUUUUUGUCCCAGAAAGAUUCCAGACAGAAUAUGAACCAAAGAAACAUGUUCUAAAUAAGGAUGAUGCACAGAGGUCAGAUAUUUUGAGUUUCAUUGAGAAAAACCAGUUCCCUCUUGUUGGCCAUUACAACUUCAACAAUGAGAAGAAGUACAAUACAAAAUAUCCACUUUGUCUUGUGUUCUACACUGUAGACUGGAGUUUUGACUAUAGAAAAGCAACCCAGAUCUGGCGGAAGAAGAUUGCCAAAAUUGCCCGAAACUACAAAAGCAUCACUUUUGCUGUUGCCAAUGAAGAUGACCAUUCUAAUUUAAUGAAAGAUUUUGGAUUUGAAGAUUCUGGUGAAGAUAUGAACAUUGGAAUAAUGACAGAAGAAAAACGUUAUACCAUGGAACCAAUGGACGAAUUUGAAUCGUCUCAUAUUGAAUCGUUUUUAGAUGACUUUGUUAGCGGUAAUCUGAAACCACACAUCAAAUCACAACCAAUUCCCAAGAAAGACAAAGGUCCAGUAGUUACAGUUGUGGCCAACAACUUUGAUUCUGUGGUUCUUGACAAGUCGAAAGAUGUCCUUAUUGAAUUUUAUGCCCCAUGGUGUGGUCAUUGUCAGAAAUUGGAACCAAUAUACAAAAAACUUGCCAAAUCACUGCAGAAAAAUCAAAAUCUUGUCAUUGCCAAGAUGGAUGCAACAGCUAAUGAUGUGCCUUCUAAUUUCAAAACAGAAGGUUUUCCAACUAUUUAUUUUGCUCCCACCAAUAAUAAGGAGAACCCUGUAAAAUUUACUGGCGGCAGAGAGUUGAAAGAUUUUGUUAAAUUCCUUGAAGAACAUAGCACCGUCUCACUAAACACUAAACAUAUUGAAUUGUAAAAUCGAAAAAAGAAAUUUCAAAACUCUUCCUAAUUUU